GUUUUCAUGAAAUGAACUCUAUUUUCAAACUAAACCUCAUUUCGUAUAUAAAUUGAACGCAACUCUUGAGCUCACGUUAAGUCAAUGUUUGGCAGAAAAUUCAUAACAUAUUUGUCUGUAAUUAACAAAAACGCAAAACUUCCCAAAGUUUGUGUCAACGCAUACGCCAUACGAAGAAUGUCGACCAACAGUCACUACAAACAGAUCCAAGUAUUCAACUACUCGACCGACUUCGCUGAGGCGACUAAAAUAGUUUCCCUGCCUUUAGUGGAUCCCAAAAGUGAUGAAAUACUUGUGAAGAAUCUCUUUGUGGGCAUCAAUGCCACGGAUCUGAACAUCACUGCCGGACGCUAUUUCAAACACUCGGACCCGCCCUAUCCUCUGGGGAUUGAAGCUCUGGGACUAAUUGUUAAGACUGGAAGUGCUAUCAAGAACUACAGUGUCGGCCAGUACCUGGUUGUCAAAUGUGGUAGUGGUCAAAUAAGGGGAUAUUCAGAGUCUGUCCGAAGGCUCGCAUUUGGCUUCAGGAGAAAAAGUGUUGAUUACGGCAGCGGCGGAGGUGUCGGACAUAUCGCCGCCCAAUGGGCUCUACUGAAGGGCUGUCACGUAAUCGCCACCACAUCUAACGACAAGAAACAGGAGUUCCUCAAAGAGUUGGGUUGUCAUCGGGUUAUCAAUUAUAAGACCGAGAAUUUGGAUCAAGUCUUGAACACUGAAUAUCCGGGGAUAGGGCGGGUCCGAGUGUUUGAAAUAACGUCCGGCAGUGAUGUUCAGAUCCGUGGCAUUGAUGCCCACAAAGAGAUUCUUCACAAGCAGCGAAACUAUUUUAGUCGCCUCAGCGAAGUUGGUCGAGUAGUUCAACACUUGGAUCUGUUUGUAGUGACUGUUGGCAGACAUUCUUCGUAUGGCUUAUUAUGCGAGUCCUCAACGGUUAAAUACUUAACCCUGGACUUCUCAAUACAGGCCAGUUUGACGUAUGUCUGUCCACUCGGUGGAGGGAAUAUCAUUUUGGACUUCUCUGAGACAUUAGUCUCAGUGCACAGGCUUUUGCAGCAUUUGUACAGUAAUACUAAGACCACCAGUAAUGUGAGGAAAGGUCACUAUAAUUGUCUCGAACCACCACUCGGUGUCCGAAAUCUGGUGAUAAUUACGGUCCAAAUGAGCGACCGUUGA